CAAAGUCCUCUGUUGCAGUCUCCAAUAAUGGCGUUUUUUAAGCUACUUUUGUUUCUUUUUCUCGUAACGCUCCAAAUUGCUUCAUUCACUGGAAAUGGAGAAGCUUCUUCUUCCCCAGAGAACAAUGGCUGCAAUGGACAUCAAAACCAUUUGCUUAACGAACUCAAAUCCACUGUCUCUGCUCUUCAAUCAAUCAUCAAGGAGAAAAACCAAGAAUUGCUUAGCAAGGAAGAGAAAAUCCGAGGCUUGGAGUUAUAUAUCAGGGAGAAAUCUUACUUGUUUGAGAGUGAGAUUGAUUUUUCUCAAUUUGAGAAUCCAGUUAAGCACGCUAGUGAAGUAGAAGAAAAGGUUUAUGAACUUCAGAAACAGGUAUUUGGACUAAAACGGGAAGUGGAAAUGCAACGCACGAGUAGGCUCGAAAUGGAAGCUGAAAUCGCAGAGAUAAAAGUUGCAGAACUUAGCUCAAAUCAUGAAAAUAUUGAUGGGAAAUGGUUCUUGUCUAAACUUGGUCUCGACACGGAUAAAACUCAGGCAUAUCUAAUGACCCUAUGGCAUCAACAUCUUAGCCCAACUCUUCAUAUCACUCUUCAAACGGUGUCCCAGAAAAUUGAGCAAGUCCAGAAAUGGUCAGAGCCUCACAUUGAAACCCUGAAUUCACAAUGGAUUCCAAGCAUCAAAGAUACAUUUGUGACAUUAACCAUAUAUCUCGAACCAAAAGUUCAAUAUUUAACCGAUAAGUCCAUCGAGGUGUUUUAUACGUCUAAGCAGGCUUUGACACCACAUCUCAUCCAAGGAUUUGACGUUUCAUAUUACUAUCUUGAGGUAAUCAGAACACAUACACAUCCAUACACUACCAGGAUUAUGACCUUAACGAAGCCACACUUGGAGAGAGUACAAGUUGCUUUAGAGCCAUAUACUGAAAACGUAAGACAUGGCUUUAAGAAGUUGGUUAACUCAACGAAAAUCUACCAUCAACAGGCUCAAGAAAUGCUGAAGAACAAUGAGAUCACGAAACCGAUUGCUACCAUGGACUUAGCUUGGGUUGGGGCCACAGCUUUAAUUGGCUUCCCUCUUAUAUUCAUCAUCAAACUUCUUUCUGCAGUCUCCAAUCCUAAGAGGAAGAAGAGAUACAGCCAUAAAAAAGAACCAACCAUUGGGUAUCGCAGAGCCAAACGUCGGCAUCCUCACCAAUGAAACAAUAGAAUUAUAACUUGAGGAGAUCAAAAAGGUUUUUGUGACUUCACUUAUAGAUUAGAUUGGUUUUGGUUCCUGUUAAGAUGGUUACUCUAACGUAGGAAAUAUCUUUUGCAGGUGGUUUGUAUAUACCUUUCUGGUUUCUCAGACUUAUAACAAUUAAAUGGUUUCGGCUGAA